GUCUCUGCAACAGAGCUCUGCUCUACAGCACUUGUACUGAAGUUUACGCACACAGACCAUCAGUAAAACAGGUUGGAUUUCCAGGCUACGUGUUUUUGAACAACAUUUUUGAGAUCUUCCUUUUGCAGUUUCUACAAAUUGCGAUUACUUAUAUAAAUCUACAGAAGUGACGGACACGAGAGGAUGGCAGGAUUGUCGCACAGUAAUCACAGUAAUCACUGAAUGAAAAUGCUUUGACGGCGGCGCACAUCCGAGCAUCGUUUCCCAGAUGUUAGGACUGGAAUGUGCAUCGCUUUCUCCACAUUGUCCUCGUUUUUGUUCAAACCCAGACGAGCGGUUUCUCAUCGCAGCCUCACUUACAGUAUGAGCACCUGUUGUGUGUCUUUGCUGAUGAGUUCAUAAGAGACGAGAUUUUCCACAACAACCCAAAACCUACAGCCUCGGUGUGACAUGGCCUAGCAGCGAUGUCCCAGCUGUAUUACCGCCGUACUGAUAACUCCUCAUAUCGAGACCGCAUCCCACUUCGGAUUGUGCGGGCCGAGUCAGAACUGUCUCCCCUAGAGAAGGCCUACCUGAAUGCUGUAGAGAAGGGUGACUAUGCCAGUGUGAAGCAAGCUCUUGAGGAGGCUGAGAUCUACUUCAAAAUCAACAUCAACUGCAUCGACCCGCUUGGCCGCACAGCCCUGUUAAUCGCCAUUGAGAAUGAGAACCUGGAGAUCAUUGAACUCUUGCUCAGUUUUAACGUAUAUGUGGGUGAUGCGCUGCUCCAUGCCAUACGCAAAGAGGUUGUGGGUGCUGUGGAACUACUGCUCAACCACAAGAAGCCCAGUGGAGGCAUGCAGGUACCUCCUAUUCUGUUAGACAAACAGUUCUCUGACUUCACCCCUGACAUAACACCCAUUAUUCUGGCUGCUCACACCAACAACUAUGAAAUCAUCAAGCUUCUGGUGCAAAAGGGCGUCUCGGUACCCCAGCCACAUGAGGUGCGCUGCAAUUGUGUGGAGUGUGUAUCCGGCUCAGAUGUGGAUAGCCUGCGCCAAUCACGUUCCCGUCUUAACAUCUACCGUGCACUGUCCAGCCCAUCACUGAUCGCCCUGUCCAGCGAGGACCCGUUCCUCACAGCGUUCCGCCUCAGCUGGGAGCUACAGGAGCUCAGCAAGGUGGAGAACGAGUUCAAAGCUGAGUAUGAGGAGUUGUCGCACCAGUGCAAACAAUUCGCCAAGGACCUGCUGGACCAGACACGCAGUUCCCGAGAGCUGGAGCUCAUCCUCAAUUACAGAGAUGACAUGAAUCUUCUGGAGGAUGAGGGCAACAACACUGAUCUUGCCAGGCUCAAACUAGCCAUCAAGUAUCAUCAGAAGGAGUUUGUAGCACAGCCAAACUGUCAGCAGCUCCUAGCAUCCCGCUGGUAUGAUGAGUUCCCUGGCUGGAGGAGACGUCACUGGGCUGGCAAAUUCGUCACAUGCAUUUUCAUCGGCCUCCUCUUUCCUCUGUUCUCCAUCUUCUAUUUGAUAGCCCCCAAGAGCCACUUUGGUCUAUUUAUUCGAAAACCCUUCAUCAAGUUCAUCUGCCACACUGCCUCCUACCUGACCUUCCUCUUCCUCCUUCUUCUGGCCUCCCAGCAUGUGGUCACCACUGAUUCGGAUCGGCAGGGUCCAGCUCCCACCGCUGUGGAAUGGAUGAUACUGCCUUGGGUGCUUGGCUUUAUCUGGGCUGAGAUCAAACAGAUGUGGGAUGGAGGCUUUCAAGAUUAUGUCCAUGACUGGUGGAACCUCAUGGAUUUUGUCAUGAAUUCUCUCUAUUUAGCCACUAUCUCUCUAAAGAUUGUAGCUUAUACAAAGUAUAGUGGCUUUAAACCUAGGAAUGAUUGGGAGAUGUCGCAUCCUACCCUGGUGGCAGAAGCAUUAUUUGCCAUAGCAAACAUCUUCAGUUCUCUGCGCCUAAUUUCACUCUUCACAGCUAACUCCCACCUGGGUCCUCUGCAAAUUUCUCUGGGCCGCAUGCUCCUGGACAUCCUUAAAUUCCUCUUCAUCUACUGCUUAGUGCUUUUAGCCUUCGCAAAUGGCCUCAACCAGCUAUAUUUUUAUUAUGAGACCGAUGCUUCAAACAAGACAGGGAACUGCAAGGGUAUUCGUUGUGUACAGCAGAAUAACGCAUUCUCUACGUUAUUUGAAACCCUCCAGUCUUUGUUCUGGUCCAUAUUUGGUCUCAUUAGUCUGUAUGUGACCAACGUUGACCCAGAACACCAGUUCACUGAAUUUGUUGGAGCCACCAUGUUUGGAACCUAUAACAUUAUUUCCUUGGUUGUGCUUCUCAACAUGUUGAUUGCCAUGAUGAACAAUUCCUAUCAACAUAUUGCUGACCAUGCUGACAUUGAGUGGAAGUUUGCUCGAACUAAGCUGUGGAUGAGCUACUUUGAAGAGGGAGGUACUUUGCCUCCUCCAUUUAAUAUAAUCCCCAGCCCUAAGUCUGCAUGGUACCUGAUCAGGUGGAUCAAGAAGCACAUAUGUAAGAGGACAACAGCAGAGAGAACCGAGACUUUUGGAUCAAUUAGCAGGAGAGCUGCAAAGAACGUCCACAUCAAUCACCAGUAUCAGGAAGUUCUACGAAACUUGGUGAAGCGGUAUGUGGCUGCAAUGAUCAGAGAUGCCAAGACAGAAGAAGGCCUAACAGAAGAGAACUUCAAGGAGCUAAAACAGGACAUUUCUAGUUUCCGAUAUGAAGUUUUAGGAAUGAUGAAAGGAAAUAAACCAGGACUACAGACUUCUAAGGGAAGCAAAGGGGCCUCAAACAUGGCCUAUUCUGACCAUCCUAAGAAGUGUUCAACAGCUAAUACUGGAGAACAACUGAAGAGCAAGCUAAAACUUUUCAGCGUUACUGCAUCUAUUCUUCAACAAAAUUCAAAAGCAAAUACAAAGAAUACAGAACACUGCCUUGCUAAUGGGUCCAUCCCUACACCAUCAGAAAUUACUUCGUGCAAGAGGACAACAAGUGAUAUAUCUGGACUGUAUCACCAAAUCAGGCAUAGGGGGACAACCGAUCCUGGCAGGAUUUAUUCUGUGUGUGAAGAGGUUGGGGAGUCAGAUACAGAGGAACUGGUGGAGAAUAACAAGAAUAACAAAACUUCUGAGUCACUAAUUAUGAACAAGUCCACUGAAAAUAAAAUUGAUGAAAGCUGUAGUAAGACAAAAGAAGUGCAAAUCGUGACAGAGGAAGGAAAUAGAAUUUCUGACAUACCAUGUAUAUGUUACGAAGAUGGGAAUGAUGAUAAUACUGAAAACGAUGAAGAAAUCAGCAGAUUAUAGUAGCAUAUAACCACUAUGUGAGGGACAAUCAGACACCAGUUAUGCCAAACUGUAGUAGUUUCUUUAGGUAUCAACUUGUCUGAACUGUUACAGAUUUCCAUUCUUCACCAAGACCAUAAACAGUAAUCCCUUAAAAUGUUAACCAUUUCAGCCAUAUUCCAUAUACAGAUUGCCUGAAUAAUCAUUCAAGGACAUGCCCUGCCCUGCCCUGCUUGCUUGUUUUCUGUUAGACUCAGGAAUGACUUUAAACUUUGGGAGUGUUUUAGGGAUUGGAAGCGAUGCCCUCAAGAGGAUAUGCUGCCAGUUAUUUUUGUCCAUUAAUACCUGGUCAAUACCAUGGUAUCCAUAUCUUAGAAAAUUUUUUCAUCAAUAUUCUACUAGCUCAACUGCUUCUCACAAUAGAAUAAAAUUGAAGGUGUAAUAAGAGAAAUCUAUGACAGAACACUGUCCUGGUAAGGCUUUUAUUAUUUCUUUUAAAGAGAAAUCUGCAUAAUAUCCACUGGCAAAUCUACGAGCCUUUAGGGCAAAAUAAAACAUCUUCACAGGUUUUUAGGAUGGCUGGCUGAAGCUGACCAAUACCAGUUCACCACCCUGAAAUUUCUCAUAUGAAAAAGCAAUAGCUAAGCCUCCAUGAAAAGGAAUUGCACUGUUUCAUUUACCAGCUGAUGCUAACUUUGGGAUGUAUUCAGAGUUGAAUUAAGCAUGGCUAUAAAAUGUUAAAAUUGUAAUAAUUAUAACAGUAUAAAAAUAAUCAUAUCAUAUUCCCUGAAUUUUAAAUUUCAUUACACAGAUACAUAGACUUUUCUUAUUCAGAUAAUACAGCACUUCUCUAGAAGACUAAAAUGUAUAUGGCAUGAUGGGAAACAUAACUACUUAAAAUCUGAAGGAUAUGAGCUUUUGGUUGUACUAUACUAUUCCUCCAUUGUCCAUCAAUCUUACAGUUGGGGGCGUAUUGUCCAAAACUGCACAAAUACUAAUAUCACUUUUGAUUUGUUGGCAUACUGUGUAGUAUGUGUAGCAUAACAUCCAGUUUGUGAUGCAGCCCAAAUAUUUACAAUAAUUAAGUAUUUACAAUAAUUAAAAUCAAAAGUUUGUUGCAUACAUCAGUGUUGUUACUGUUAUAGUUACUGAGUGCCAGAUGAUGAAAACACUCAGCAAGAUGUGAUCUUUUAGUGUCUGCUAUGAGCAUAUAAUAAUAAGUCACAUAACAUUAGAUAACUAGCUACAAUUUGUUUAAAGCAAUGUUUGAAGUGCUCUGCUGUAAUUUCAUGGCAAGUUUUCUAGACUGUGUCCUCAGUGUUGUUUUCUAGUUGUAAUUUUGAAACCAUUUGUCAUAAACUGUUAGCAUACAUGCUAAAACUGUUGCCAGAGUAUAAAAAUACAAGCAGUCACAACUCACAAACACCCCAUAAUAAUCCCAACCCACAAUCCUUCCACAGUUCUUUAGCUCAACCAACAUCUCAAAUCAUUUCAAAAAUAAACACAAAGGUAACAUAAUCACAAAGGUUACAAGGGUUACUCUGAUCACUGUCAUCUAUCAUUCACAAGUUCACAUAUUACAGAAUAAAUUGGAAUUAUAAAAAAGCUAAAAUUCUAUCAGGAAUGAAUUCUUUUUUUCAUCUUAAAAUGUAGUAUUGGAUUCUCACCCUCGGGCUUUGUUUAGCCUCUCAUAUACAUAGUUUAUUGUACAAUAAUUGGAUUUGCUUGAUCAAGUUUUAUUUUUGUCAACAGGCAGCCAAAUAAUUCAGUUGAUCCAUAAACUCAAUGGAUAAAUAAUAUUUAUUGUAAAUAAUAUUUAGUCGAAUAUAAAUUGCUAAUACAGUUAAUUUACCCUACUAUAAAGUGUUACUAAACAAAAGUGUUAAAAACAAAUCUGGCAACCUUGGAAGUAGGUGAAUUCAUUAAUCUGAUUGAGUUGAAAAAGUCAAGCACUUGAUGAAGAUGGUUCUGAAAGUGCAGCGUUUUCUCAGCGUUAGAAACAAUGACAUCAAUUUUGAAAAUAAUAUUCUGACUUAAGUGGCCAACUCUGAAUACAACCCUUGUUUCAUUAGCUGAGACAUUUGAUGUCGUCAUGCAGCCUAUUGUAGUAUACUAUUACUAUGCAAAUAUUUCAUUUACUUUAUAGAGAGUUAGCAAUCUUGGACACUCAUGAUGAAGAAUGGAGGAAUGAGAGUAUUGGACAUUCCUGUAUUCAAUAGUUAUAUCAUGUUAUUGGCUAGGCAGCCACAUUUAUAUGUGGUAUAUAUGCCCAACUUCAAUAUCAUGUAGCCUUUAUAUCAUAUCUUUUUAUCUAUUCAGCUUGUCAUACUGAAAAUCUGUCAUGUAUACACUGUAUAAUUAUUUAAAAUCAUUCUAUACAUUUCAAACUAAAUAACUACAUCACAAGUUUAUACUAAAAAGGUACUGAAUAACAUUUUGAAUCUGAGCGGUCUGUAAGUCUACCAUGUGAGCAUAAUGAACAGUGCAUACAUGUUUGUUUAAGGGGCCAGUGCUGUAUGCUGAAUAUAAAAAAGUGAAAAUAAAUAAACUAACUACCUUACAUAUUACCUUACUUAUUAUUAUUAUUAUUAUUAUUAUUAUUAUUAUUAUUAUUAUUAUUAUUAUUAUUAUUGACAUUGUGGAACCUGCUCUGUGUCUUCAUACAAAAAUGAACAGACCCAUUAGUUGAUUCAAGAUUCAUUAUUAGAAAAUUAUUGUGUGCUCUUGUCAUAGGAUAUACAUUGAGAUUAGAUUGUAAGGGGCUCUGGCAAGUAUAGCUUUGUUAGCAUAAGAGUGGACAUUUCUGGAGAGCCAGAGAGCACAGACCUGAGAGCACCUUAGUACAUCAUGCAUUCCCCCACUUCACCUAGGAGAAAGCAUUAGAGUGCUAAUAGUUUGACUAAACAAUUUAGUUUCAACCUAGACUGGACAGUCCUGGCCAGACUGUGAAGGCUUUGUAGAAAAAUGUUCUGGCUCCAACCUGCUCUAGGUUCUAGAGCAUGCACCUUCUAAAUUUGUGGCAGAUCAUAAUCAGGUCAAAGCAAUAUUUUAUAAUAAAUAUUAACCUUUACUGGGAGCCAGUGUCUGGUAAACUUACUAUUUUUCUGAAAAAGGCAAUCCCAGUUAUAUUGUGAGCUUAAAGUUAGAGAAGGUAGUCAGUAAUCACAGAAAAGGUGUUUAUGCAAAUGAUGCAUGUUAAAGAUACUACAUAAUCAAAAAACUAAAUAGUAGGUCCUUUACUGCUUUAAGCAGUGCUCAUUGCUCAUCCAGAACAAGGUUAUCAACACACUGGUUACAUAGUCACACAUGUAGCAGUAUCAUUCACAACACUAGUAGAGGUUCAUAUGCAUGUUGGUUUGCAGGUUAUGUGCUAAUGCAGUUCUGCCAAAAGAAUCUCGGUCCUGAAUUUUUUUUUUGUCAGAUUGCAAGCAAGAAUUUCUUCGCUUCUGUAGGAGUUCCACAUUCAUUGAACUAGACACUGAACUAUCAUAUUUUUUCUACCUCAGUGAGCCUAAUAGGAAGACAGUUCUUAAGACGAAAGAUGUGAAUCUGUCCACUUUCAGAGCUUGCUUGCUCAGCCUCUAACUUCUAAUUUUGUGCCUCUGUGAUAUUUGCAAUCAACACUUGUCUUUAUAACCCGAUAGAUAUUAUUUAUUUAUUGCAAAAGAGCACUGAAUCAAUGCCAUAGUGUGAGCAGACCUUACUUUUGACACCUGCCAUUUUGAUGAACUGAAAGGCACUAAGCAUUCAGCCUUAACUUUGCUGCUUUCCAUUACUAGGCUUGUAAGUAGUAACAUCCCAGUCAGACAGAUUGGCUGCAUUUGAAUGAUUUGCAAUCAUGAAUGAUUCCUGGUGUCAGUUAGUUAGGACUCUAGCUGCUGCUGCUUGUUUAUGCUUCUACUAGAACAUUCAGGCAGUAAGGCAUUACAAUAAUCCAAACUAGAGGUAACACUUGAUGUCUUGGUGAUUUGUGCCCAUAAUGCUCACAUCCUGAUCUGACACAAACCAUUCUAUUGUUUUAGGUUAGUGUGAUAGCAUGAUCCUGACACAUGACGCAUCCUGUGCAACUCUACAUGCCUGCCGUUACAGUUUCUAAAAGUGUUUACAUAUGCCUCUUUUUAUACGGUAGGCUGACAGCAUUCUAAACCACAUUUGGUUCUAUUAUUUAAUAUAGUUAGUAUAUAGUAUCUAUUAUUUAAAAUACUAAUAAUAGUCAUUAUUUAAAUUAUGUCAAAAGCUUCCUAGACUAUUUGAAAUAGAAGAGUUUGGGAAAGAUCAACAAGUAAAAACAAAUUAUGAAUUUAGAAAUGUAUAGCUUUAUGAAACAAAAUAUUUUACCAUGCCUGUAUUAUAGAGAUGCUGUCAAAUUUGGCAAGAAUAAUAUUCAUUUAAACAUUAUAAUGAUCAUCACCCAAGAUGUACAGCAACUCAAACUGGUAAAUGACAAGAUUAAAAUGGAAAAUUGUAGUGAUUUUUGCAACACAGGAUUUUUAUAGGAUACACACACAGGGUUAUGGUCAUCACUUUGCUAACUGAAAGAAAACUGUGAUAUCCAACAAGUCACAAAGAAAGUCACCUUCUGGUAGAAAUGCAAAGAAGUGGAACUGGUCCAUCACAGUAUUUUGAAGUUAGACAAUCCUUGGAAAAAUUCCUGAAAUGUGC